AUGUGGAUACUCUUGUCCGCAACUAUCUCGUGUGUGCUGUGGAGUGCUCAGGGUUUUUUCUUCUCUUUCCCCUUCCUCAACCUUAAGAAAGAAUUCCAUCUCGGGAAAGGAUCGCCGUUUUUCGGAGGCGGAAUAGGGACCGCGUUCGAGCUCAACGUCGGCAAGUACCCCGCUUUUGGGAAAGGCGCCUAUGGCUAUGGUGGAGGCUACGGGGGAGGUUUCGCUAAAGGUUUCGGAGGAGGCUAUGGAGGAGGCUACGGCGGCGGCUACGGUGGAGGAUACGGAGGCGGCUACGGUGGAGGAUACGGUGGCGGCUACGGUGGAGGAUACGGUGGAGGAUACGGUGGCGGCUACGGUGGAGGCUAUGGAGGAAGAUACGGAGGAGGAUAUGGCGGGGGAUACGGAGGCGGAGGGGGAGGCAACCUUCUCGGAGGAGGAGGAGGAGGCAACCUUCUGGGGGGAGGUGGAGGCAACCUUCUGGGGGGAGGUGGAGGCAACCUUCUGGGGGGAGGUGGAGGCAACCUUCUAGGGGGAGGUGGAGGCAACCUUCUGGGAGGAGGCGGAGGCAACCUCCUGGGGGGAGCAUUGGGUGGACUGAGGGGCUUCGGCAACGCAUUGGGUUUCGGAGGAUCUUAUGGAGGCGGUGGUUCUAAUGGCGGCAUAGGAGCGAGGCCUUUCAUAACACCCGUCGGUGGAAUAGGCGGUUUCAAUUACGGCGGCGUGAGCCAUUACAUGAAGAAUUUCCAUAAGACAAUUUCAACCCACGUUUCGGAAGGAGGAUCUGCCGCUGGAGGUGCUGCUGGAUUUGGACAGAGGCCUCAGAGGCGCCACGACUUCGUCGGGGCAAGCUUGGAGGCCAUCGUCUGUAUCAAUGAUAACGACAACAUCAACAAAGACAGUUUCGACGGCAAGACUUGCCACGGCGACAAAUCAGUGACACGAUUCUUUCCGAGUGCGGAGGCGGAUGCAGAGAUGCCUGUAACCGUGAAGACAAAGCGGUCCGGCAGGCUAAGUCGGAGCGCAAAAAGGAGCCGUCGCAAAAGGACAACAACGUUCGAUCCUAUCAACGCUCUGAACCAAUCAUUCAUCAAUGUGGGGAUCGCAUCGCUAUCGAAAGGAACCUAUUUUGUUCCGAAGAAAGCCUUGGCUUUCACAGACUUUUCACGACACUGCAAACUGCUUCACAAGAACAAACAUCUCCUUCGAACGGAGUUCAUGUUGGCCACCAAAGCCGACACCCAUUCGCAACGGCAUGCCAACAAACCGGCGAAUGAUCUGAAGAAUACUUACAAAAAAUUACUGCCAUACGACUACAAUAGGGUUGUGUUGUCCACUGUCGAUGAUCAGGAGGACUCCGAUUACAUCAAUGCCACCUACAUCGACAGCCUCCUUCGACCAAAUGCGUACAUUGCUGCCCAGGGACCUAACGAUGAAACAGUGACCGAUUUCUGGCGCAUGAUCUGGGAGAGUAAAGCUUGCGUGGUGGUGAUGCUGACUCGGGUGUUCGAUUUCGUUCGGGUCAUGUGCACUCAAUACUGGCCCACAGAAAAUCGUAGGGUAGUUGAACAUGGUAACAUCACGAUCACUCUACUGCGGGAGGAUACCUUAGCGAACUUCACUUUGAGGGCCCUCUUGGUCAAACAGGGCAGCGAACAGCGACAAAUUCACCAGUUCCACUUCACUAACUGGCCCAUUCACACACAACCGUUCUCGAACGCGUUGCUAGAUUUCCGUCGCAGGGUCAAGGCCGUGUGCCAGCAAUAUAACUCGACAGCCCCUCUCAUCGUACACUGCAGUGAUGGCUGCGGCCGAACCGGUACUUACCUGGCCAUCGACGCGAACCUGGAGCUCGCCGAGGAAGAAGCCGUCUAUGACGUGUUGGCCUAUUUGAGGUUGAUACGAUCCGCUCGCAAAGGCAUGGUCGAAUCAAUGGAGCAGUAUUUGUACAUCUACGACACGUUAGACGAAGCUUUGAUGUGCGGCAAGACCUGGUUCAGUGUCACUGAGAUAGCCCACAAGUUCAAACAGAAGUCGCAGAAAAACCCCAUCACUAGAGUCAACGAAUACCAGAGGGAGUACGCUAAAAUUUGCAAAAUGAGCACACGGCUGUCGAUCGGUGAUUGCGCCGGAGGGCAUAGACCCGAAAACAGAGAGAAGAAUCGCGAUAUUACCACAGUUCCGCCGGAUAACUUCCGGCCCUACCUCACCACUUUUCAAAGCAAUGACAACACUGACUACAUCAACUCGGUAUUUGUAGACGGCUACACUCGAUCGAAAGAAUACAUUGUGACGGAAUGGCCCCUCCAGAGCACCGCACAAGAUGUCUGGUCUUUAAUUUAUGAUCACGGCUGUAACGCCGUGGUGAUCCUCUGCGAUCCACCUCCAUCUCACACUUUCCCCGCGUUCUGGCCGACGGAACGAGAUAAGCGAAUGAAGUACGGACCCGUGUUUACUGUUGACGUGGUAUCCUACUCGCACUAUCAGAAGAUCAGAUCCUGGAUCUUCCGAAUAAACAAAAAGGUCGUCUCUCUUACCGAAUUGAUGGCAGGAGUCAAAGCUGAACCGAAAACCUGCCAGUUUUUCCAGAUUACAUGCUGGCCCGAAGGUCACAGGGUUCCCACAUCUACGAAUACCUUGGUCGAAAUGAUGAACAUGGUAGAACGCUGGAGACAGAGAACUACCUAUGGUCCAGUUCUCGUCAUUUCCCAGAAUGGCAAGAGCCGCGCAGGUGUUUACUGCGCCGCCAACGUAGCUAUAGAACAGGUGAUCGAGCACGGAGAGAUUGAUGUCUUUCAAGCAGUUCGCACGGUGCGCCGUCACAGAGUGCAACUGGUGGAAAACAUGACCGAAUACAAGUAUUGCUAUGAUUUGGUACAGCAUUAUGUUGUACACUACCUGAACAAGGAUAGCGUACGACCAGCGGUUAUAGCCUCCAGCUCGGCGGAGGAAGAGGACCAAGCGGGCACUGCAAGACAAUUCACACUUCAAGUACCGAAGAUUUGA